GACCUUUGAGGAGGAAAUCGCUGCUCUCUGCUCCUUCCUGUAGUAACAGCCGCCGCCGCCGCCUGGAGCCCGGGCCCGAGCGAGAACCGCGGGGCGGAGAGCGGGCCCCGCCGCCGGUCGGCUCGGCUGGAUCAGGUGAAUGUCAUGGCGCGCUGGAUCCAGGCCCAGCAGCUGCAAGGAGAUGCCCUGCGCCAGAUGCAGGUGCUGUAUGGGCAGCACUUUCCCAUCGAGGUCCGGCACUACUUAGCACAGUGGAUUGAGAGCCAGCCCUGGGAUGCCAUCGACCUGGACAGUCCCCAGGACCGAGCCCAGGCCACCCAGCUCCUGGAGGGCCUGGUGCAGGAGCUGCAGAAGAAGGCGGAGCAUCAGGUGGGGGAAGAUGGGUUCUUACUGAAGAUCAAGCUGGGGCACUACGCCACCCAGCUCCAGAACACAUAUGACCGCUGCCCCAUGGAGCUGGUCCGCUGCAUCCGCCACAUCUUGUACAACGAGCAGAGGCUGGUCCGAGAAGCCAACAACGGAACUGCUCCAGCCGGGAGCCUUGUGGACGCCAUGUCCCAGAAGCACCUUCAGAUCAACCAGACUUUUGAGGAGCUGCGGCUGGUCACUCAGGACACAGAGAAUGAGCUGAAGAAGCUGCAGCAGACGCAAGAGUACUUCAUCAUCCAGUAUCAAGAGAGCCUGAGGAUCCAGGCUCAGUUUAGCCAGCUGAGCCAGCUGAACCCCCAGGAGCGUCUGAGCCGGGAGACGGCCCUGCAGCAGAAGCAGGUGUCCCUGGAGGCCUGGCUCCAGCGCGAGGCGCAGACGCUGCAGCAGUACCGCGUGGAGCUGGCGGAGAAGCACCAGAAGACCCUGCAGCUGCUGCGGAAGCAGCAGACCAUCAUUCUGGACGAUGAACUGAUUCAGUGGAAGCGGCGGCAGCAGCUGGCCGGGAACGGAGGGCCCCCCGAGGGCAGCCUGGACGUGCUGCAGUCCUGGUGUGAGAAGUUGGCCGAGAUCAUCUGGCAGAACCGGCAGCAGAUCCGCAGGGCUGAGCACCUGUGCCAGCAGCUGCCCAUCCCCGGCCCGGUGGAGGAGAUGCUGGCGGAGGUCAAUGCCACCAUCACAGACAUCAUCUCAGCCCUGGUGACCAGCACCUUCAUCAUCGAGAAGCAGCCCCCCCAGGUCCUGAAGACCCAGACCAAGUUCGCGGCCACCGUGCGCCUGCUGGUGGGCGGGAAGCUGAACGUGCACAUGAACCCGCCCCAGGUGAAGGCCACCAUCAUCAGCGAGCAGCAGGCCAAGUCGCUGCUCAAGAACGAGAACACUCGCAAUGACUACAGCGGCGAGAUCUUGAACAACUGCUGCGUGAUGGAGUACCACCAGGCCACCGGCACCCUGAGCGCCCACUUCAGGAACAUGUCCCUGAAACGAAUUAAGAGGUCUGAUCGUCGUGGAGCCGAGUCAGUGACAGAAGAGAAAUUUACAAUCCUGUUUGAAUCACAGUUCAGUGUUGGUGGAAAUGAGUUGGUUUUUCAAGUUAAGACGCUGUCCCUCCCAGUAGUGGUGAUCGUUCACGGCAGCCAGGACAACAACGCCACAGCCACCGUGCUCUGGGACAACGCUUUUGCAGAGCCUGGCCGGGUGCCCUUCGCCGUGCCCGACAAAGUGCUGUGGCCACAGCUGUGUGACGCGCUCAACAUGAAGUUCAAGGCCGAGGUGCAGAGCAACCGGGGCCUGACCAAGGAGAACCUCGUGUUCCUGGCACAGAAACUCUUCAACAGCAGCAGCAGCCACCUGGAGGACUACAGCAGCAUGUCCGUGUCCUGGUCCCAGUUCAACAGGGAGAACCUGCCGGGCUGGAAUUACACCUUCUGGCAAUGGUUCGAUGGGGUCAUGGAGGUGCUGAAGAAGCAUCAUAAGCCCCACUGGAAUGACGGGGCCAUCCUAGGUUUUGUGAAUAAGCAACAGGCCCACGACCUGCUCAUCAAUAAGCCUGAUGGGACCUUCUUGUUGCGCUUUAGCGACUCUGAAAUUGGGGGCAUCACCAUCGCCUGGAAGUUUGACUCUCCCGACCGCAACCUGUGGAACCUGAAGCCGUUCACCACGCGGGACUUCUCCAUCCGGUCCCUGGCUGACCGGCUGGGGGACCUCAGCUAUCUCAACUACGUGUUCCCCGACCGGCCCAAGGACGAGGUCUUCUCCAAGUACUACACUCCUGUGCUCGCUAAAGGAAUGGACGGGUACGUGAAGCCGCAGAUCAAGCAAGUGGUCCCCGAGUUUGUAAACGCCUCUUCGGACUCUGCGGGGGGCAGCGCCACCUACAUGGACCAGGCCCCCUCCCCAGCCGUGUGCAACCAGCCUCACUUUAACAUGUACCCACAAAACCCUGACCCGGUCCUGGACCAAGAUGGAGACUUCGACCUGGAUGAGACCAUGGACGUGGCACGCCACGUGGAGGAACUCCUGCGCCGCCCGAUAGAAAGCCUGGACCCCCGCCUGUCCCCGCCCGCUGGUCUCUUCACCUCUGCCAGAGGCUCGCUGUCUUGAAUGUUUGACUCCCACACUUCUCCUGGGAAAUAAUACUCAACGCGAAGGGUGCGGGUUCAUCAUGGUCUAAGCAUUGCUAUGCACGGAGGUGUCGUCCGCCAGCAGUGAUGCGCGCCUGUGUGUGUGUGUGUGUGUGUGUGUGUGUGCAGUGGGUACGCCAGGUGUGGCUGCAGCAGCCAGGGCCGCCUCUGCCCCAGAACCAGGCCGCCCAGAAGUCCACAGGACCUGCCUCUGGGCGGGAGAGAUGGUGCUGCCCCUGCCGUUGCAAGACCUCACCGGCGCCAGCCUACUCCUGCCAGGGCUUCUGUCUGUCAGCCGCUAUUUGAAUGACAUGAUUCAAGGGAUGAAGACAGGCAGCAUCUCUGAGCUUAAGAUUCCUCCUGAGUUAGCAGCUUUGCCUCCCAGAUGUGUGUGUGUGCAUGUGCAUUACCCGUGUGCAGCUGGCCCCGAGCACGCGUCUAUUGAUUCUUUCCCUCAGGAGGAAGGCGGGGGUUGAGUUUUGAGGAGCAUGUACUUUAAUGAAUAUGGACUCCGCUCUUUGUGAACUGGGAGCUCAUCUAGGCCAAGGCCAUGCCUUUAAUACAGCAGAAGUGGAUGACCUGAGUCUGCUGGUCACAGUAACUCUGGAGUAUGGAGAAUUUUUGGCCUCUGAGUUCUGGCCAGGGGUUGGGCUUCAGACCCAUGAGGCCGCUGCCCAUGUUAGUGCCAUCUCUUUCCACCCACCCCCUCCCCACCACCCAACGCCACACUGCUUCCUUGCCUGUGUUUGUACCCUUGCUUACGGGAGAGAAGGUAAGGCCUGGUCAAGGGUACAGUGAAUGAACAGGGGCCCAAGACGUGUGAGGUGAGCCCCUUCCUUCCUGGAAAAAAGCUGCAACGAGAGACCAGCGGCCCAUCUGCCACUGGCUGGGAAUCGAGUGAGGGGUGAAAGCUGGUUCUGUUCCACUCUGGGAGGUAGAACCUGAACCAGGCCUCACUGCAGCUGAUCGCUGGCUGUGGCCGGAGGCCUGGCCCCUCCCUCUCAGACUAGGACACCCAGCCCAGGGCGGCCAGCUGAUGUGGGGAAUGGGUCCCAGGUCUAAACAUCUCUGAAGGAACAUGGGGACCAGAGGGAUCCUUUUGUAUUUUGUACAUAGGCCACACAUUUGUGUGAACAGUGUUUUUGAAUAAAAAAAAAAUUUUCAUAAAUCUA